CACGUGACACACAUGUCACAUGGUCAGUCAUUCAGUGAGCGUGCGCAGUAGCGCCACCCCGCGGCUGCAGCAGGAACAGCACCGCGCUGACAGCUCCACAUUACAGCGCCUUUAAUAUCUCAUCCAGAGGAUCAGUCCUGCUCCUCACAUCGACGGAGAACCACAGAGAGACGACAACUACAGCGGGGGGGACCAUCAGCGCAGAGGCACGCCAUUCUGGAGGAGAUUCUGACCUUCAGCUUCAUGUGUGUGUGUCAUGAGUCAUGACAGAGCGACACACACACACACACUCCUCAUCUCCUGUCAUUUCAUCACCUUCAUGUUCAUCGAAAGCUCCUGAAGCGGCUCUAUUUGCGAUGAUGAUGAUGAUUUGAAGUGGAUGAUUCCGAUGCUUCGACUCGGUUCGGUUCGGUUCGAUCGGAUCUUUUGCUUCUGGUCGUGAUGCACCUGGCGGAUUUUCUGGCCGGUUCCGUUGGAGGUGCGUUUGGAGUGGCGGUGGGAUACCCACUGGACACAGUGAAGGUGAGACUCCAGACACAGACAGGUUAUUCUGGAUUUUGGCAAUGUGUGAGGAAAACCUGCAGAAAUGAAGGACUGCGAGGUUUCUACAGAGGGAUGUCGAUGCCCAUCAGCACCGUCUCCGUCAGCUCGUCUCUGGUGUUCGGCACUUACAGGAACAUCCUGCAGUUUCUGCAUCAGCUGCAGCACAGGAGCGCUGCAGAGCCGCAUCACAAAGCACACAUAUUCCUGGCCGGAUUCGCUGGAGGAGUCACUCAGGUUUUGGUGAUGGCGCCUGCAGACAUCGUGAAGGUGCGUCUUCAGUGUCAGACAGAGCCUGUUCAGCACAUCAGUCCAGACUCCAGCAGUAAAUACCGCGGCCCGGUACACUGUUUACUCCGCAUCGUGCGGGACGAGGGUCUGCUGGGGCUCUAUAAGGGGUCUGCUGCUUUAGCGCUGCGCGACGGACCCUCAUUCGCCACUUACUUUCUCACAUACAACUCCAUUUGUGAAAUACUGUCCACAGAGAACCAGCGGCCAGGCUGGCCGGUGGUCCUCCUGGCGGGCGGCCUGUCCGGUAUGUGCGGGUGGGCCGUGGGGACGCCGAUGGACGUGAUAAAGUCUCGUCUGCAGGUGGACGGAGUGAGCGGCCGGCGCUACAGAGGAUUCCUGCACUGCAUCACACACAGUGUGAGGACCGAGGGCUCGGGCGUCCUCUUCAGAGGCCUGACUGUAAACUGUAUCCGUGCCUUCCCAGUCAACAUGUCUGUCUUCGCCAUGUAUGAAGCCGUGGUUCGCCUUCUGCGCUGAACACACUCAUCAUAUCUGCUCUUUGCACAACAGGUCCUCACACAGUGUUUAUGAAGCGUUCAUGACUGAAGCACACUGGGAAUUCAUUCAUUUUCCUUCAGCUUAGUCCCUUUAUUAAUCUGGGGUCGCCACAGCGGAAUGAACCGCCAACUUAUCCAGCACAUGUUUUACGCAGCGGAUGCCCUUCCAGCUGCAACCCAUCUCUGGGAAACACUUAUACAUUAUGGCCAAUUUAGUUGAUCAGUUCCCCUAUAGCGCAUGUGUUUGGACUGUGGGGGAAACCGGAGCACCCGGAGGAAACCCACACCAACACGGGGAGAACAUGCAAACUCCACACAGAAACACCAACUGACCCAGCCGAGACUCGAACCAGAGACCUUCUUGCUGUGAGAACAGUAAAUAUCAAUCUGUGGAACAGCUCAAUAUCAUCAUUUUAAUAUCAGUACCAUAUCAAUAUGUCACACCUCAGAACUGAAACUAAAUCAAUACUGCAGGUACAGCCUCAAGAGUGAGUGAAAACUAAAGUUAGAUUUUUUCAGAUAUUAAUUUCUGCAUAUCGAAAUGAAAUAGUUGGUGUGUUAAAAACAUUAUUAACAUAACUAAGUCACAUACAUAUUGACGAAAUUAAAAUGUCAAUAUUAAUAUUCAUAUUAUGCGACCCAGCCCUGGAUAAGCAGCAAUGACAGAUAUUAUUGAUCUCUCAUAAUCAGAUUUAAUCCGCUUUUAUUCACAGCUGAUCAAUGCAAACACAUCAGAGCAGAGGAUGUAACAUGAAAGCUCAAGAUCACUGUUUUCUUUCAUGCACUUUAGAUUUUUCAGCUGAAGAAUAAAAUAUGAAAUAUAUUAAUAUCUAUCUCUC